AUGUCGAACCGACAAGCUGCGCUGUCGCUUUACCGCCGCUCAUUAAAGCUGGCUCUCGACUGGGCUGUGCAUCGAAGCCUAUGGCGUGGCCAAGCUCUCUAUAUUCGAUCUCUCUUCGAAGCGAACCGAAACAUCACGGACACUAGGAAACAAAGGGCGUUACUUAGCGAAACAGAGAAGCUGCUGGAGACGUGGAAGCACCCUGAUCCGUAUUGCCCACCUACGGCACCUGGAGGAUCCAAAUACGAGAGGAACUUGCCAGUACACAACACUGACCCUCCGCCGCGACUUAGGUUUUGA